AUGGAUCCAGUUAUAAAUCCUCAAGGUCAAGCAUUACCAUUAAUGUAUAAUCCAUAUGGAAUGCCUACAUUACCACCAGGAUGGAUCGAGUACCGUACACCUACAGGACAGCCUUAUUGGUAUAAUACAUUCACGAAACAAACCUCAUGGAUCUUUCCUAUUCAUCAAUCACAACCACAAAAGAAAAAGAAGCAAAUAAAGAAAAAGAUCCCAAAUACACAUUGGUUGUUUGUUAUUACUCAUGAUGGUUAUGAAUUUUAUUAUGAUCGAGAAACUAAGAAAUCAGUUUGGGAAAUGCCUGAAGAACUAAAGGAACCUAUGGAAUUAUUAAAAAAGAUGGAAGAAGAGGAAAAGAAUAAAAAAGGGAGAUUGAAGAAGCAGAACAAGAGAAAAAGGCAAAACAAAAAAAUUACUUCUCCUUUUGCAGUUUAUUCCGUUGAAUAUCCAAAAUUGAUAUCAGAUCCGAGAUUUUCAUUGGUAGCCAAUAAUAAGCAAAAGAACUUGUUUAAUAAACAUUGUAGUGCUUUAGGGGAAAAGAUUAAAAAUGAAAAGAUUAGUAAAAAAAAACCAGAAGAUGAAUUUAGAGAUUUGCUUUGGUCCAAAGUAACAGAGAAAAUGUAUUGGGAAGAUUUCCGUAGAAAAUAUAGAGAUGAUCCAAGAUUUAAAGCCUUAGCAAGUACAAAGGAAAAAGAAAUAUUGUUUAAAGACCAUGUGAAACAUCAGCUGGGAAAGAAAAAAAGGAAUCCAAAGGAAGAUUAUAUGGAGCUUUUACGUAGCACAAAGGAAAUUCAAGUAGGGAUACGUUGGAGAGAUGCCAAAAGAAUCCUUGAAAAAGAUGAUCGUUAUUAUGCUAUUGAAUCUAAACUUGAAAGAGAAGAUCUUUUCCGUGAUUAUUUAGAUGAGUUAUCAGCAAAAAAAUGA